AUUCUUAUAGGUCUUGGUAAAAAUGUGUCAGCUUGCUUUGAUGGAAUCGAUACUAUUGUCGAGGUCUUCUUCCUAUAUUUAUUUUCAGUUUUCAUAACAUCCAUAUUGGCUAGCUGCGGGAAAGUAAUUAACAAAUCUCAUCAUUAAGACUUGAACCCCCUCCCCCUUUUUUUUUAUAUCAUGGACGAAACUCAAUCACCACCAGUCACUAUGCUCCAAGAAUUGACUUCUACUUCCAAACCGACCCCUCAAACUGACUCUCAAUUCCUAACGGCACUGGCCCCGGAGAUUCGUAUCAUGAUUUACGAAUACGUUUUCGGAUGCGGGGAUCUUCAUAUCUUCAUCUAUGAGCAAAAGCUAGUUAGCAUGCUUUGUCGAAACCCAACAGCAACAGGCUUAGAUGGCCAUGAGAGCUGUAUUAGUAUGCCAAUGUCUCGGAGCGCAGGGAUGAAUUGGAACCCAGAUACAAUUAGAGAGCGAUUAUCAUCUCCUAAUAUGCGCCAUGUUAGUGCCCUGUUGGCCGUUUGCCGCACCAUAUACCUGGAAUCAGUCGAUAUUCUAUACAGGAGACAUGUCCUUCAUUUUAGCACCUUGUUUUCAAUUUCUGUCUUUCCGCGGGCCAUCAUUCCCCACCAUCUCGACAUGUUACGCCAUGUUAGAUUGUCCUUGGCUCUCUUCAAUCGCAGAACCAUGAUGCACGUCUAUUUCGACAAUUCUUUCAGCAGGAGUUGGCCAGGUUGGGACGAGAAAAGUCUCCUCGGGGAUACGCCAUGGCAUUGUGCUUGGAACGCUAUCGGCGAAUUGAAGUCAUUGCACACUUUGCUUGUGACGCUCGAGGUGUUGCGUGAGGACCACCAGCGUGAGGAGCCACACUGGUAUCGGCCAAUGCCUUUAGACUUUGAGACUUCUCUUUUCCAACCAAUGAAGCAGGUCUCUUGCAGCGAUUUCUUGCUCAGGGUCAAUUGGCCAUCUACAGGAAUCCCCCUGGGUGAAUAUCCGUUUCGAAUAGAGCGCUUCACAAACACAUCAACCUAGAAGAAGGCAUUUUACCUCAGCAGACAUCUUGCCAAAGAGAAUUCAAGCCCCAUAUUAUUUACGUGUAUUACUUCAGGAUGCAGUAGGGUGUGAAUAGAAGCAAUGAUCCAGGGAAAGGAGUUCAGAUGAGAAAGGAUAGGGAACUAGGCUUACACAAAGAUAAUUCAAUAAUCUCCGUAGCUGAUAUUAGAUGGCUUCACAAUAAGAAUGAACAUUCAUACUAGACGGGUGUUUAUAGGAUAAAAGUAGUAGAAUUCAGCUAUAAGUCAAAGCAUGUAGC